AUGGGCAAGCUGGAUCGUUUUGAUAUUAUUUUGAAUAACCCAGAAGAAGCCUACUUUGCUGGACAGGAAAUUUCUGGAAAAGUGAUUAUUGAAGUGACCGAGCCAAAAAAGGUCAAUGAAAUCCUUCUGGAGUUGAAAGGCAGAGCCAAGACAUACUGGACCAAACAUUCAGGCAAAUCACGAAAACAUUACACGCACUCAGAGCCCUACUUCCUUGAACAAUUUAAUACAUCAUACACACACAAGUUCACCAUUUGUAAAGAUGGAAAAGAAAAAGAACGUGUCUUGCCUGCUGGCCUGCACGAGGUCCCAUUCUCCUACACACUACCUAAAUCACUUCCUACUUCGUACGAAGGCGAAUUCGGACAUAUCCGAUAUACUUGUAAAGCGACAUGUGAAAGAUCCUGGGAUUUCGAUAUUGUUUCACGGAAAGCCUUUACUGUUAUAGGAAUAGAGGAUAUCAAUUCAGAUGCUAAGCUCAAUGAGCCUAUUUCCAUAUCCGAAUCCAAUCACACCGUUGCGUUAUGCUGUCGGAAAAAUGGCUCCGUCACUGGUGAGAUAACUAUUCCAAAAGGCGGUUAUACACCUGGGGAAACGAUUCAAGCCAGCUAUAGGGUUAUUAAUUCAAGCUCCAGAUUAAGAAAUUACAAUAUCCGUCUGGUACAAACAACCACAUACAAAGCCAAGACGUUUGCGGGACAUGAACACGUAAAAACAAUCAACCAUAUUGUUUUUAAGUCUGAAAAAAAUGAGGUUCAAUCGAACACUACAACUUCUUGGCUGGAGGAGAGUAUCACACUACCCUCUCUUGCACCUCGCUUAGGUAAAUGUAAAAUUAUUUCCGUGCAAUACACUGUAGAACUGGAGAUUGAUCCUGCUUUCAUUGUUGCUUGCCCAAUCAUUAUUGGAUCGAUACCUCAGUUAUCAGAACUUUUAACUCAUUCCAAGGCUAGAACGAAUGGCCAACCUUUCGAAUCGAAAAGUAAUCUUAAAUCAGAAUCACCGCCUAAACAUGAGUCUCCGACAGUUGACGUGCAGGUUACAAUAACCGAUGAGUCGGGCAAAACAAUAUGUGAAGAGCUGAGUAGUGAAAUGGAUGCUUUACUAUCAGCUCGAAAACGGGUACGAAUGCCUUCGUCAAUUCUGUCGGAACUAUAUCCAACAAUGCCUAGUCCAUAUUACAGGGAGUCUUUUCAUGGAGCUGUGGACAUUUCCGAGGAAAAAGAAAGCGCUCAAUAUGGAGAAAAAAUGUUCGCGCCAAAAUAUCCAUUUUACACGGACUAA